AUGUCCUCUUCUGAUGCUGAGAACGGCGGCAAACGUCGCUCAGCCAAGAAGCAACGUGUGCCGAAAGAAGGCAUCUCUUGUGACCGAUGCAGAAAGCGCAAAAUACAGUGUAACGGUCGCUUGGGUGGAGAGAAGUGCCGCUACUGCUUUCAGAAUGGAUGGCAGUGCGAGUACCUGCACGCGAAACGAAAGUAUCCAGUCGGGUACGUGAAGGCACUGGAGGAGAAAAUAGAGCGACUCCUUGGCAUUCUGAGACAACUCCAUCCAACCGAAGACUUCACUUACGCUGUUGGGAAACCCUUCACUGAAGAAAAUUGGCCGCAAGAGGGCUACGUAAAAUCCACUACUGCCUCCUCUCAGACGGCAUUUGAUGAGCCAAGUGCCUUUGUCUCUCCUGUAUCGCAAUUCACCCUGACCAUCAAUCUCGACGAACUCGACGUCAAAGCCGAGGCGGAAUCGGACACGGAAGACGAGCAAUCGUCGAAACUACGUAACUUGACCGACGGUGUCUGUAGGAUGUCGGUUGUUGCUUUUCAUGGACGUCAUUCUGAGGUCAAUCUUGUUCGCCGUGCACUGGAUGUCACGUAUAAGCUGACUGGCGCGCGGAUCGCCUUGGACGAUCUCGCAACCUUCGGACGCCCUCAGUUUUGGCAACAUAGACCUUGUGAAGCUCUGCCCAAGAAGUUAUCACUCGACUUCCCGCCUUUCGAUUUACUUCAUGCACUCGCCGCUCUGUACUUCGAGCAUCAGAACGUCUACCUGCCUUUGCUGCACCAAGCAACAUUCAUGCGGCUUAUCUCCCAGGGUCGACACAUCUCCUGUCAAUCGUUCGGUUUCCUCGUACUGGCGGUCUGCGCGAAUGGCGCUCGUUAUAGCAACGAUCCACGCAUCCUCAUACCUGGCUCCGAACCCCUAUCAGCCGGCUGGUACUGGUUCAACCAGCUUUGGAACAAUUUCCCAAUCAACAGCGGGUCCUCACGCCUCUACGACAUACAAUGCAUAGCCCUUUCUACUAUCUAUCUCAUAAGCUGUGCCGCGACACAGGCUGGCUGGGUGUGGUGCGGUCAUGGUAUCCGUCUUGCACAGGAUGUCGGUGCGCAUAGGAAGCGAGUAUACGACGACUCCCCGACAGUCGAGGAUGAGCUAUACAGGCGUGCAUUCUGGAUCUUGAUACUUCUGGAAAAACACCUUGGCAUCUGCAUGGCACGACCGACUGCAGUGAAAGAUCAAGACCUUGAUCUCGACUUACCCAACGCCUGCGAUGACAUGUACUGGGAUCACCCCGACAAAUCCUUGUCAUUCAAGCAGCCUGAAGGCCGCCCUUCACGUGUAGAUAUCCUAGUUUACCAUGUCAAGCUCUAUCUGGCGGUUGCUCCCGCCAUGUGUCUGAUUUUCGCGGGCUCCAAGACCCGAAAUAUGGUUGGGAUCACCGAAGGAUGGGAGCGAGCAACAGUGGCAAACCUAGAUUCACGUCUCAAUAUGUGGGCUGAGAGUAUGCCUACUCACUUGUGCUGGGACGCCAAUAACGACGAUGACGUGGGCCUUCUACAAUCCGCGCAUAUUUGGACGCGGUAUUACGAGUUGCAGAUCAACUUACAUCGCCCUUUCAUCCCAUCUCAAACCAAUUCUACCAAUCAAGCAAUAGCCGCAAUUGGGUUUCCCUCGCUCUCAAUCUGCUUGUCUGCGUCAAGAGCCAUCGUGCGAAUUGUCGAUUGUGUCCAGCGGCGCUUCCCUGGGCGGAUCUUCCCAUUCUUGCAUGACUCUGCCUUCCUGGCAGGGAUGAUGCUCUUCAUAGGCAUAUGGGGGUCGAGUAAGUAUGGCGUAGCAUCUAGGGCCGAUGACGAUCUGCAAGGCAUACGGACGUGCGAUCGGUUCAUUGAGACACAAGAGGCGCGUCUUCAUACAGCCGGGCGUCAGAGGGAUGUAUUGACUGCUCUGCUUUCACUGGUCGAGAAACCUCCCCUCGUCGCUGCACGAGGUCAGAAGCGCACACUAGAUGAGACCCAGGCACCCGGUACACCACCAAUUGAGGAUGCCACCGCCCAUACAUCAUCGUUCAUCUCAUCGGACGAGUGGUUUGCAGGGACACAGUUUGAUGCAACGCAGCCCCUCCACGCCCAAGAAGCCACGAUCGGACAUAAUCAUGAAGGUUCACCAUGGGCCUUAACAAACGACAACCUGAUUGGAGCAGCAGAUCCUCUCUUCUCCGCACUCGAUUAUCAUGUAACAGAUGAUGAAUACUCUCUGCCGCUUGGGGAUUGGGGUUUUAGUAAUGGGCCAGCCUAUGAUGGGCCAGACGAUUUUGAGCAAUUAUUCAGGUCGGUACUAGGAUCUACAGGUUGA